GAGGCCUCUGUGGCUUUUCCCCUCCACAACACACAACUGUGAGGGAUUUCUUCCCACAUCGGUCUCUGUCAAGGACUUCUGCUCAGGCGGCCACGGCCGUUUUGGGGGCUGAGCCAGAGGGCCUGUGGGCGCCGGUCUUAAUUCGGCGUCGUGCCAAGUAGAGCGGAAGCUGGCACCACUUAGGCCAGGGAAGGAGCGGUUUGAGGGGAGGAUGACGACGCCCCGAAUCUCCCUGGCGGUACUGCCUGGGGAAUUCUGGGAGCUGUAGUCCCCCAAAAAAACCCACCGGUGCCCCUCUGAUGUCGGAAGCUUUAAGGAAACGACGGGGACAGCCGAGUGCAGCAAAAGCAGUGUAGAGACUUGUGUCACCCUGAAAACACACCCUUUGCAUCGGGCUUUGAAGACGGCAGCCCACUGCCUUUUGAGGCACCACAGAAGGAUGCUUCUCUGUUGUUUUGUGUUGUGUGUUGUUGUUGUUUUAAAUGUAAGCCUUUUGCUCCACAACCCUGGCUGCUGGAUUUCUGGCUGCAAGGAAAAGAACGAGGUCAUUCCUGCAGCCGUGAUGAUUCACCCUUAAAGGUGUGAGCAGCUAUGAAGAUCAACGAGAGAAGCUUGGCUUUCUACGCUACCUGCGACUCGCCCACUGAUUGCGCCGGCUUCCUCUACAAGAAGGGCGAGCGCAACACGGCCUACCACCGCCGUUGGUUUGUGCUGAAGGGCAACAUGCUUUUCUAUUUCGAAGACCGAGAAAGCCGAGAGCCGGUGGGGGUCAUCAUCCUGGAAGGGUGCACGGUGGAGCUGUGCGAGUCCACCGAGGAGUUCGCCUUCGCCAUCAAGUUCGAUUGCGCCAAGUCGCGCACCUACAUUCUGGCGGCUGAGAGCCAGGCUGCCAUGGAAGGCUGGGUCAAGUCUCUCUCGCGGGCCAGCUUCGGCUACUUGCGCCUGGUGGUGAGGGAACUGGAGAAGCAGCUGGAAGAGGUCCAGAGGAGUCUCUCCGGCCACCCCCGAGUCCAGAGGCAGGCACCGCUUUACCGGAAAAACAAAACGGCUCCCAGUUUGGAGCGGAUGGCCUUAGGUACGGAUUCGCCGCAAGAGAAGACCGCGCUCCCGGUGUGCAUUCCAGCUAAAGAAAACGGUUGUGCCCUGUGGAAUAAUUCGGAAGGCCCGGCCAGCCUGCCAGCAGGAUACCCCCAAACUGAGCGAUGGGGCGCAAGGACCUGUGGGGCCAACAGCCUCGAUGGGGGGCUCAAACCUCCGCCUUUGCCCCCUCGGAGAAGGGCUCUGUCAAGCCACUCCUGCAACUCGGGAAGCCUCGAUGGCCCCGUGUAUCCAAGCGGGACUUGUUUUUCCAAACUCCACGAUUGGUAUGGCCGGGAGAUUCUUGAACUGAGGAGGGUGUGGCUGGAUGGGCAGAAUGGUAGCAGUCUAUGAACUGGCUGGGAUUGGAAAAAGCUCCCUCGGAAACACUGAACUAGUCGAGAGCCUGUCCGAAUAUGAGCAAUCCUACACCCAAGGUCAUGACUAAAUCUCAGCUGCUGGAAACACAGGCUUGCUACCUACCAGUAAUGCACAAAUCAUACCAGUCUCUUGCUGAAUUCUUGGGGAAAACCCAGGCUGAUGUCAACUCAUAGCUUCCUUUUGCCUUUGACGAUCAAAACCAGUGGCUCUUAGUUAUCUCUAGCCCUGUAUUUGCCUUGCACAAGGUAGCACCUUUUUCUUCUUAGACGAUGCUUCCCUUUAAUUUACCAGCCUUCCCCUUGUUGAAAACAAAGAGGGCCUGUCUUUUAACCACAAUACAUAAUUACCACCCAUUCUCCAGGACAGACAGAAACAGCCAGCUCAGCAGCGAUAUUGUGCUUCUUGUAUCUCUGCUAUUGGGUGCAUUGAUGUUUUUCAAUAUUGGCUACAAAUUCCACAGUGGAGCAAAACUGUCUGCUGGUGGUGUGUGUAGUCAUCAAAAUUCUUUGAAGUCAUUGCAUUGUGUUCCCUGUAGAAUUUUCUACCUUUUAGGGAAAAGGCAAACGCAUUUAAUCGGUUUGACUCCUGCUGCUGCCAAAAUAUUUUUGAAGGAUAGCGGAGACACCCUCAAACUUCAUCCUGUUUCAGAAAUCUUGGCAGUGUUAGAAUUUGGAAAAACCAGAUGGUGACGUUCUCCUUGCUGUCGUUGGGAAUAUUCUCAUAGUAUGAUAAGCACAGUUAUGGACUGGGAGCCCUACAUUACAAGGGGGACACCCAGUCUUAUGCGUUGUAUUUAAAGCAGAAACCCCCUGAUAUUAAUUUGACAAUGGGAAGAGGCGGUAAACUCAAAGAGGUACAGUACUUGGAGAGAACUGGAAUCACUCGCCCACUCAAGUUUCAUUCAGCUUCAUCUUUAAAUGAUUCUGAGUUUAAGUGGAUGUUUACACUACAUUUGUACAUGGAUUUUAGUGCUUGGCACCCAAUCCUACUGGGAUUUGGAAGAGACACCAAUUAAGUGCCUGGAAUAAAAGAACAGUUGUUAUUCCAGAGUUGUGACAAUUUGAGUGGGGCUAUGGCUGGUAGAAAGUGUGGUCCAACAUAUCUGGAUUGUCGUCCUUUCGCUGGUUUAAAUGGGGACACCUCUGUUAAUCCUACUCUGUAGCUUUGUAAGAAGUACAGUUCAAACCAGGCUGUCAUACAUGGGAAGGAGAGUCUUCAUGUGAGGAAUAGGAUGGCAACGUUAUUUUCUUCCUGUACUGCAAAGUUGUACAGCUAAUUAGAAAAUGUAAACUCUUGUCUUUCCCCAGAAGCUUAUUUUAUCCUGUGUUCCGCCAUGGCCCCAUAUAUUACUUUACGUGUCACUUUUCAUGUGCAGAGAAUCUUUACUCUAGUGGGGCUGUUGCUAAACCCCUGGUAGAUGUGAGGAAGUAAUUUUUCACAGAAGAAAAAUAAGAGUCUGAAAAAGAGUGGGUCACCCCCGAAUAUCUAUAAGGGGUUUAUCUGUAACCAUCCUGAUGAAGAAAGAAGCAUCACGUUUUUUUACAUUUUCACUCUUGAUUACGGUGAGCAUUGUGGCAUAGUGGUUAAGAGUGUCAAAUUAAGCCAAAAGAGACCCAGGUUCUAAUCUGCCGUCUGCCACAAAGCAGUGUCGUGUUGGUGACCUUGUGACAGUCACUCUGUUCCCUACCUACCUACCUCAUGGGUUGCGAUCAUAUAAAGAGAGAGCGGAGGGGGCUUGCUUACUGUUCCAGGCCACUUAAAACCUGGCCUGCGAGAAUAAACUCCGUUCACUGUAUUCAGGUUAGCUUCUGCCUCCCUUUGAAGCCUGAAUUUUUCAAAGCUUGAACGGGGACUGGAAACAGAGGUGCAAAAUAAUGUGUUCCUUGCAACAGUGACGCCUGGAAUGAAUUGCUUUUGAGAGCAUUUAAGACAUUACUUUCACAAAUAGUGUCAGAAUUUUUAAAGAAUUUUUACCCAUUACUUUAGGGGGCAAAAAAUUCUUUCUUGGGUCAUUUUGAAGGUUUUUUUUAAAAAAAUAAUUAGAUUUUGUUUAAUUUUUUUAAGGCAGACUCCUCCCAAGGGAAACAGCAGUGAGUAAAGGAACAAGUUACAAUCCAUACUGAAAAAUCACAGGCACAAUAAUAAAACGUGGUUUCCUUAAA